AAUCUGAGCACAGACAUGUAGAGCAUCUGUUUUAGAGAUUACAUAGCAGGAACAGAUCUGCACACGGCAAAGAAAAGAGAACAUGACAGAUGAAAUUUGGACCUCAGGAGGAAAUUAUGCAGAGAGGAAAAAUACUUGGAGGAUGGCCCACCAAGAAGAAGCCAAGGCUGACAGAAGUAGAAGAGACCGGGUGAUUUUUAUCCUGUUGGGUCUUCUUUUUCUGAAGUUCUGUGUUUUGUUGGUCUUCAUAGGCCUCUUGUUUGCUUUAUAUUCCAAGAUGUCACAGACCAGUGUCAGAUCCUGCGAACAAGAAUGGUUGGAAUAUGAAAAUCAUUGUUAUUUCAUAUCUACUUUUCAAUUAACCUGGCAGAAAGCAGAAAAUAUGUGCCUGAACCGGGGAGGCUAUUUAGCUAUUAUCACUAGCAUGGAGGAGCAAAAUUUCAUAGAAAAAAACAGAGAUACCGGUAAAUCUCCUCUUUGGUUUGGUUUGACUGAUCAAGAGACCGAAAAUACCUUUAAAUGGGUUGAUGGCACAACUUUAACUUCAUUUCGCUACUGGGACUAUGGAGAGCCAAAUAAUGCAUUUGGGAUUGAAAACUGUGUUCAGGUGUGGCGUCAAGGACAAUGGAAUGAUGAAAUUUGCAAUGAAACUAGUUAUGCUAUCUGUGAGAAACAUCUUUAUUAAAAUGUAUAGACUGAAGAGCUAUAUCUACAGUAUUAGCUUUGGGUUGAUGCAGCAAGAAUGAAUGAACCACUGCUCAUCAUGUCUCCUGUGGACUCUGCUGGUGAGAUAUCAACUAUCUAGUUCCUGGCUCCAUUCAUCGGAGAGGAGUUAAUAAUAAUAAAAAAUCUGUUACACCAAU